AAUGAAUUGUUCUCUAUAAGACUUUCCAGCCGCACUUUUUGCCCCAAAGAGAUUGCUUUUGACCAGCCAUAACCAGGAAGGAAGCAUCCAUCAUGCUUUGCUCGCACAUAUCUUCAAUGAUAUUUUUGCCCUUGGACAAUAAAUUUCUGAUAACUUAUCAUCUCCUCGGAUGAAUCUCUCUCUCUCUCUCUCUCUCUCUCUCUCUCAUGUCUCCACAAACCAACGUCCUCCUCUUCUCCACAAUUAUACUUUCCCUGUUCAACCCAAUAUCACCUCUUGAAUUUGUCUUCAACACCAACUUCAACUCCACCAAUCUUCUCACUUACGGCAACGCCACAGUCCAAUCUUCAAUCCUUGCUCUCACCAAUGACGCCACUUUCUCCAUUGGACGAGCUUUGUACCCUUCAAAAAUCGCCACUAAAUUGCUCAACUCAUCUACAAUACUUCCUUUCUCCACCUCUUUCAUUUUCUCCAUUGCCCCCUACAAGAAUCUCCUCCCUGGCCAUGGAUUUGCUUUUGUGUUUGUACCUUCCACUGGCAUACGAGGUGCUAGCUCAUCGCAGCAUCUGGGUCUCUUUAACCUCACAAACAAUGGUAAUCCAAAUAACCAUGUUUUUGGGGUUGAAUUUGAUACCUUUAUGAACCAAGAAUUCAGUGAUGUUAACGAUAACCAUGUUGGUUUUGAUGUAAACUCACUUGCAUCCAUUGCUCAAUAUGAAGCGGGUUUCUGGGAAGGGGAAGAUGAUACAGAGUUUGAGGAUUUGAAGCUUAAUAAUGGGGUUAACUACCAAGUUUGGAUUGAUUACAUGGAUUCAAUGAUUAAUGUAACAAUGGCCAAGGCAGGGGCAGAAAAGCCUAGGAGACCUUUGAUAAGUGAGUUUCUUAAUCUUUCUGGGGUUUUCUUGGAUGAAAUGUAUGUGGGAUUCUGUGCAGCUACAGGGCAAUUGGUUCAAAGCCAUAGGAUAUUGGCUUGGAGCUUUAGUAAUACAGGCUUUUCCAUUGGUGAUGCUUUGAUCACAAGGGACUUGCCAUCUUUUGUGCCUCCAAAGGAAUCAGUGUUCAAAUCAAAAGGAUUUAUUGUUGGGGUUAGUGCUGCUGGUGUGAUAGUUAUUGUGUUAGGAAUUGUGAUGUAUGAGGUUUUGCUCUGGAGGAAGAGGAGAGAAGAGAAGAUGAAAGAAAAAAUUGAAGACUGGGAGUCGGAGUAUUGGCCUCAUCGCGUUGAUUAUAGACAAAUACAUGCAGCAACUAAGGGAUUUGCAGAAGAAAAUGUGAUUGGAUUUGGAGGAAAUGGAAAGGUCUAUAAGGGUACAUUGGAAGGAGGAGUAGAAGUUGCUGUUAAGAGAAUCUCUCAUCAAAGUGAACGGGGAAUCAGAGAAUUCCUAUCUGAAGUUUCAAGCCUAGGAAGACUAAAGCAUAGGAACUUGGUAGGAAUAAGAGGUUGGUGUAAACAAGACAGAGAAAGCUUGAUUUUAUUGUAUGACUAUAUGGAGAAUGGGAGCUUGGACAAGAGGAUUUUUACUUCUAAGAAUUCUACUUUGAGUUGGGAAGAAAGGAUCAAGAUUUUGAAAGAUGCAGCUAAUGGGAUCUUGUAUUUGCACGAAGGAUGGGAAGCUAAAGUCUUGCACAGAGACAUUAAGGCGAGCAAUCUACUACUCGACAAAGAAAUGAAUGCAAGGUUAGGAGAUUUUGGUUUAGCCCGGAUGCACCAUCAUGGACAGUUGGCUAGAACAACACAAGUGGUUGGGACCGUAGGGUACAUGGCACCCGAAGUGGUUCGAACUGGACGAGCCUCAAUGCAGACCGAUGUGUUUAGUUUCGGAGUCUUGCUUCUAGAAGUGGUCUGUGGUAGAAGAUCUAUUGAGGAAGGCAAGCCUGGAUUAGUUGAAUUUGUUUGGAGGCUAAUGGAGAGAGGGGAAGUAAUUAGUGCUUUGGAUGAUAGAUUGAACGCAAAGGGAGGCUAUACUAAUGAGGAAGUGGAGAGGGUACUUCACUUAGGAUUAUUGUGUGCAUAUCCAGAUCCCAAUGCUAGGCCAACAAUGAGGCAAAUAGUGAAAGUGUUAGAGGGGGCAAGUGAAGGCAUUGAAUUAGAAGACGAAGGAAUGGAAGUUAACUUGCUUGAUGGAAUUAGAAGAACUAGGAUGUGGUCUGGUGGGCAUCAACAGAAUUAUGGUGAUAGACCGCACCCAACUUUUGAUGAAAUUUUGCCUUCUCUAUCAUUUUCUAUUUCUCUAUCUAGUUCAGAUAUUAUCACAAAGGGCAGGUGAAAAUGCCCAAAAUUUCAUUUACUCCAUGAAAUUAGGGAGUGUGUUUUGAUUGUUAGGAUAUCAAAUAUCUUUUGUAAUU